AUGCCUAUUAUUCCAACUCGUAAUGGAAUUUUGAAAGAGAUUGCUCGUUUAAACAUUCCUGAGAUUGCAGCUCCUGAAGCUUUUAAAUUAUAUAAAUGUAUUGAAUUUGAUUUUGAUCCUUUACAUAUUGCCGUCAAUGUUCAAGAAAUGCUUUUAGUUAUUGAACAAUUGGGUGAAAAGUUGGGACAUUCUGAAUAUGGUCAAUACUCUAAUUCUAUUAAGAAAACUGUGGCCGCAAAAAUCGUGAAACAGAUUUCGUCAAUUUAUGAGUCAAUAAAAUUUGCACGUCUUUCUGAAAUUAUCCCAUUUUAUAAUCGAAUGCAAUUGGAACAAUUUUUAGUUGAUAUCUGCAAACAAAAUUUAGUUUCUGCACAUAUUGACCAUCGUCAAAAUUGUAUUUAUUUUGGACAUGUAGAUUCACUUUUAGCAAGUGAACUUGAGAGUGAGCAUGGGCGUAUUUCUGAGAUUUCUAAAAUUACAACACACGUAUCUUUGGUUUAUUCAAUUUUGCAAGAUGCGUAUCUUGACAUUGAUCAAAGUUUAGUUAAGGAGCUUCAAGAAAAGUUGGCCCGCCAAAUUAAAAUUUAUUUAACUCAUAAAGAUGGCGAUUUUGAGCGUGUACUUGCACGUCGUAAAAGAAUUGAGCUUUAUAAAGAAAAUACUGAGCAAAUGAAAAAAGAGAAGUUGUUUCAAUCUCAGAUGUUGGCUAAUAAACAAGAAGAAAAACGUCGAACUGAAGAAUAUAAUAAAUUAAUGGAAGAAAAUAAAGAAAACGAACAGCGUCGAAGAUUCGCGGAACAAGCUGAAAUUCAACGUAAAGUAGCUGCCGAUCGAAUGCAAAAACAAAAAUCGCAUCCAUUAUACGCAAUGUUGGUUAAAGAAUUGGGUGAAGAGGCUGUUGAAAAGAUGGAUUUGGAGCAAUUUGUUAUUGAGAAGCGUAAUCUUUUGGAUAAGGAACGAAAAGAACAACAAAAUAAGAUGCUGCAACAAGAGAAAAAAUUUGAUUAUUAUGUUAGAGCAAUUCAUUUGGAAGAAAUGUUAGUUUGGAAAGAAUUAUCCGAUGAACAACAAGCUUGUGCUUCGGAACUUUUUGACCAAUAUGAAGCAACAAGAAUUGAUAAAGAAAUAAAAGCACGUGAAAAAAUGUUAGAAGCUUUUCAACUUUUGACAAAUGUUAAAGAUGAUGCUAUUAAAUUUAUGCGUAGUACAAUUCAAUCACAUGCUGAGGACUUGAAGAUUAUUAAUGAGAAAUGGAAAAAGAAAGUGGAAUUGGUUCGUGAAAAGGCUAUUGAAAAAUUGGCAAAUGAGAGGAUGAAAACAUGGCAAAGUGAAGUUAAACUUGUAGAGGAAGAACAGCGUCGUAAGGAAGAAGAACAACCGCCACCAAAACAAAUUUGUGUAGUUGAAGCGCCCCCACCUCAACAAGAACAAAGUAAGGAAGUUGUACCGCAGCAAAAGGGAAAAUAUUUGCCUCCUCAAAUGCGUAAAAAACCUCAGGAACAAUAA